AUGGCUUCCAAGGCUUUGAUUCUGUUGGGUCUAUUCGCAGUUCUUCUCGUUGUCUCCGAAGUGCAUGGUGAAGCAGAGAGUGAGGAAACUGUGCAACCUGAAGGUGGUUACAGAGGAGGAGGAGGCCAAGGACAUGGAGGACACAACGGAGGAGGGGGCCACGGACUUGACGGAUACGGUGGAGGAAAUGGUGGUUACGGAGGUGGAGGAGGCCACGGAGGUGGAGGACACUACGGAGGAGGUGGUGGAGGAGGCUACGGAGGUGGAGGACACAACGGAGGGGGAGGCCACGGGCUUAACGACGAACCUGUUCAGACUCAGCCGGGUGUUUAA